GCUGUCUACAAAUACAAAGCGAUUUGUUGUUUUCCCGAACAAGGGCGAUUGUCAACGCAGCAAAUUCACCAUUGGCAGCAGUCGAAGCGAUUUAAAACACCGCCAUUGGUACAUCGUUACUCGUUAAUCCUAGCACGAGUCAAUUCAUCCCCUGCCAAAAAUGGCGCAUCAAGCACACGCACUACCCUGGAACACGCUGGCAUCCCAAGUCAAGCACACGGUUUCCUAUCACACCGAGCCGCAGCGCAAGGACAUAUUCUCCGUGGGUAAGCCCAACAGCACCAAGGAGGUCGAGUACUUUUGCCGAGCCCUCGCCAAGCGCAUCCGCGAGUUCUCCGAGACGGAGAGGGCCAAGUUCGCGCCCAAGGAGGAGUACCAGAAGCGCGCCAGGGCGUGGAAGUCGGGGCCCAACGCCAAAAAGGUCUACCCCGACAAGCAGGACCUCGACUGCCAGGCGCCCGAGGACGCCGACUUUUGGUUCCACGAGCAGUUGUGGGGCAACCCCAGCCUGCAGCAGGUGGAGAAGUGGGUGAACGCGCAGUACGGCUCCCGCAUCGCCCGUGCCGACACGCUCAAGCUCAUGAUGAUCGAGGCGGUCGGGAUGAAGCCGGCGUUGUCGUCGCGGAUCGAUGCGGGCGCGGCCGAGAAGCUCCAAAAGGACAUGAUGGACUCGCUGCUCCUCCUGGCCAACCACCCGGACGCGGACCUGCCGUCGCUCGUCAACAUGCACCACGGCCACCACUUUGGGCUCAGCAGGGUGGCCGAGGAGGGCGUCCGCGGCUACGUCUACCUGAACCUGAUACUGGCCAUGCAGGAGAACGGCUCCGACAUUUGCGACCACGUCGUGGACGAGAACGGCGUCGAGAACAAGAGCCGGAGGAGGUACAUGGACACCACGAGCUACAAGAGGAUGCUCGACUCGGUGGCGGGGAGCUACGACGGCGACGCGCAGAACCUGGUCCACUGGGACUUCUUUUACGAACGCACAGAGGACGACUGGAAGCGCGACACGUCAAAGGACGUGCUGGCCGACUUGGAUGCGUUGAAGGAGUACCUGAAGGGCGUGUGGAAGGUGCUUGUCGUCUAUGAUCUUGUUCUUCGGGAGGCGGGCGCCGAUCCGGAUAUUGAGGACGAGUGCCGAAAAAUGCUCAACUACAGUUUUCUCCUUUGAGAUGAAGCUGGUUUGGGAUCACCACUUGGGUCUGGAGUGGAUGCAGCUGCAGAAGUGUAUUUUGUUCUUUUUCUUAACGUGGUAGUCGUCUCUAGAAGCCGGCCUUGCAAAUAUAGAAUGAUCAUGACGAAUGGAAGCAAAAGAAGAGAAAAAUUGAGUACAAAUAAGC